GACAUGUUGAAGGAGAAAAGAAAACGCCUGUGUUCGGUAGUUGCGCGGUUAUUUGCUGCAGGUUCACGUUAUCAUUAAAUUAGGACAUGGAUUGCGCUUCUGCGACCGGUUUGCUUGCAUGGCGAGACUGACCGGGGAACUGCCUAAAUGAGAUAAAAGCCAGUGUAUCACGCUGCUUUCCGUUUGUCCCACGAAGACAUAUCGGCUGUGCUACAAUAUCAGGGACGAGGCCACAGACAGACGGCACAGCGUUCAGCUCUAGCGCGAAAUGGUCACGUCUAUGCUGGGGCUUCUCAUUCUGCCAGUAUGUCUUCAGUUGUGUGGAUUUUCCCGCGGUGCCUGGACAGAAUGUGAGGUGUCUCAAUUCCAGUGUGGGAAUGGUCGAUGUAUUCCAUCUGUGUGGCAGUGUGACGGAGACCAGGACUGCUCGGACGGGAGCGACGAAACGUCCUGCGUGAGGAAGACCUGUGCAGAAGUGGAUUUUGUCUGUCACAGUGGCCAGUGCAUCCCCAAGAGAUGGCAAUGCGAUGGGGAACCAGACUGUGAGGAUGGCACGGAUGAAAGCAUCGAAAUGUGUCAUACGAGAACCUGUCGAGUAAAUGAAUUCAGUUGUGGCGUUGGCUCCACGCAGUGCAUUCCGGUCUUCUGGAAGUGUGAUGGGGAGAAUGACUGCGAUAACGGCGAGGACGAAAUUAAUUGUGGAAACAUUACAUGUGCCCCUCUGGAGUUCACCUGUGCCAGUGACCGCUGUGUGUCUCGUAAUUUUGUCUGCAAUGGAGAGGAUGACUGCGGGGACGGCAGUGACGAGCAGAACUGCACCCCGUCCUCCUGCGGGCCAAGCGAAGUCCCGUGUGGGAACGUUACAUGUAUUCCUAGAAGCUGGUUAUGUGAUGACGAUGUGGACUGCCAGGACCAAUCGGACGAGUCACCUGAGCGGUGUGGCCGCAACCCGACACCACCGGCAAAGUGUUCAUCCAGUGAGAUGCAGUGUGGCUCUGGAGAAUGCAUCCACAGGAAGUGGCGCUGUGAUGGGGACCCAGACUGCAAGGAUGGUAGCGACGAGAAAAACUGCUCUGUCCGUACCUGUAGGCCUGACCAGUUUAAGUGUGAUGAUGGCAGCUGUAUCCAUGGCAGCCGGCAGUGCAAUGGCUUUCGAGAUUGUGCGGAUGGCACGGAUGAAGUCAGCUGCAAAAACGUGACUCUGUGUAACGGUCCUGACAUGUUCAAGUGUCGCAGUGGCGAGUGUAUUGAGAUAAGUAAAGUGUGUAAUAAGGUGCGUGACUGUCCUGACUGGAGCGAUGAACCCAUCAAAGAGUGCAACCUGAAUGAAUGCCUGCUCAACAACGGAGGCUGCUCCCACAUCUGCAACGACCUGACGAUCGGCCAUGAGUGCGCCUGCACGCCAGGACUCCAGCUCAUCGAUCGCAAGACCUGCGGUGACAUCAAUGAAUGCCUCAACCCUGGUAUCUGUAGUCAAAUCUGUAUCAAUCUUAAAGGAGGCUACAAGUGUGAAUGUCACAAUGGCUAUCAGAUGGACCCCACCACUGGAGUGUGCAAGGCUGUUGGUAAAGAGCCCUGUCUUAUCUUUACAAAUCGGAGAGACAUCCGUAAACUAGGGCUGGAGCGGCGUGAAUAUACUCAGAUUGUGGAGCAGCUGCGAAACACUGUGGCCCUGGAUGCUGACUUCACUCAACAGAGGAUAUUCUGGGCUGACUUGGGACAGAAGGCCAUUUUCAGCACAGUAUUGGAUAAGCAGGAAGAUGUGGCGAGUCAUACCAGGGUGAUUGACAAUGUUCAGAUGCCUGUUGGGAUUGCAGUGGACUGGAUUUACAAAAACAUCUACUGGUCAGACCUGGGCAGUAAGAGUAUUGCGGUGGCCAACUUCAAUGGGACCAAGAGGAAGGUGCUGUUUGAUAAUGGUCUGAAGGAACCAGCCUCAAUUGCUGUAGAUCCUCUCUCAGGGUUCCUGUAUUGGUCAGACUGGGGCGAGCCAGCUAAAAUCGAGAAGUCUGGGAUGAACGGGGUUGACAGACAGGUCCUGGUUGAGACGGACAUUCAGUGGCCCAAUGGAAUCACUCUUGAUCUGAUCAAAGGGAGGCUGUACUGGGUGGACUCCAAGCUGCACAUGCUCUGUAGUGUAGAUCUGAAUGGGGACAACCGCAGGAAAGUGUUGCAGUCUCCAGAUUACCUGGCCCACCCUUUUGCCCUGACUGUUUUUGAGGAUCGAGUGUUCUGGACAGAUGGUGAGAAUGAGGCCAUCUACGGUGCAAACAAGUUCACAGGAUCUGAUGUUACUAUGCUGGCCAGCAACCUCAAUGAACCCCAGGACAUCAUUGUCUACCAUGAGCUCAUUCAGCUGUCUGGGACGAAUUGGUGUGACGAGAAGUCAAAAAAUGGAGGCUGCUCCUUCAUGUGUCUGCCAGCUCCACAAAUCAACAAACACUCCCCCAAAUACACUUGCGUUUGUCCGCAAGGCCAAACACUCGCCUUGGAUGGCUUGUGCUGUAGACCAGAGGCACCUACUACUACCCCUCAAGAUGGAGGGAGGGUGACCCUUCACCCCAGUCACCCUCAAUGUAAAGCAGUCACUAGGAUGUUAAAAGGAAACAUCAGUACCUCUAUACAUGAAGUGAAUUCAUCAGCCAAAGGAUCUGCAGCGGCCUGGGCAAUUUUACCUGUGUUGUUGUUGGCCAUGGCUGCUGCGGGUGGUUAUUUGAUGUGGCGGAACUGGCAAACCAAAAACAAGAAGAGCAUGAACUUUGAUAAUCCAGUGUACCUGAAGACCACUGAGGAAGACCUCAAUAUCGAUAUCAGUAGACAUUCUGCCUCUGUUGGCCACACGUACCCUGCUAUUUCAGUGGUAAAUACAGAAGAUGACUUGUCAUAACCAGAGCCCUCUUCAAUGCUCCAGUAUAUAUACCAGACACGUGGCAACACAAUGGCAACUGCUGCCGUUUCUCACAACCAGAAGCCUUCUGAAGUGCAUUUCCAAGUUGUUGGGGUUUUCUUUUUUCUCAUAAAGAGGAUCUCAUUCGUGGUACGAGAAGGGAGUUGCAUCCUGCUCGAACUUGAGUGUGCAUAAAGCAUCAAAAAAUUCUGAGGGCAUGGUGUUUUACCUCCACGUACACCAUAAUGAUCCCAAAAUGAUUCAGCAGCCUUACUUCCUACUUACCAGGAUGUUCAUGGCAAAACUGGAAACCACAAUCCAGAUUUAAAGGUAACAUGUGUGUGUGGAUGUCUGAAAUAUUGAAAUGAAAUGCAUAUUUUAGGCCAUCACGUCUGUAAGAUGCAAGUUUUUGUUUUGUUUUCCUUAUGAACAUUAUUUCCCAGAAACUCCUUAUGAAGGCAUAUUGUGUCUUUCUGGGUUAAAAGGCUCUGUUACAAAAUUAGUAAAACACUGUAUAUAUCCCUCUUGAAAACAUAAUCAGGACUCCUCAAGCACUUUGAUAAUGUUCUUCUGUAAAUAAGAUUGUAUACAUUUGACUCAGACAAUUUUGCUAUUGUUGGGCACUGUACCAGGGUAGAAGAAAAUGUAUUUAAAAAAAAGAAGUUUGUUAAAACUAUUUUGUAUGUUUGUGUGCUGUUCCUGUGACCUUUUAUAGCAGUGUACAGGGGAACAAAAUGCUCUGUAUUGUGAAAAGGAAACAUUUGCAAACAAGUCAAAUAAAAUUAAAGUUUAAAUUAAGUUUCUUUAUUCCUCGAUGAAAUUAAACAUUGAACCACAAGUUCAUUUGAAUGAAGGAAACACCAUAUGCAUACCUUUUUUGGACAGGGAGAGAAAGGACAGAGCUGAAUCCAGACUCUGGGUUGCCCUCAGUGCACAGACACGACAGGUCAUGUUGGAAUAACAGUAUUACGAGUUAU